AUGGCAACAGAAUUUCCAUCUUCAACAUUUAUAGGAAUUGAUGUAGAUUCAUCCUUCUUUCCUCCAAGUGAUAAAUGUCCUCCAAACGUCUGUUUUCUUACAUGUAAUGUAACUUUUGGAAUCCCAUUUCCUAUGGAAACUUUUGACUUUGUUUAUCUAGGCAUGAUGUGGUCUGCAUUCACCGAGUCACAAUGGUCUGAGUUGAUUAAAGAUAUUGUCAGAGUCUUGAAAUAUGAUGGUUGGAUUGAAUCUUUAGAAGCAACCGCCCAUUUUCAAAAUUGUGGAAAGGUUACAAAAUGGAUAGAAGAAGCUGAAAAAGAUGUUAAUAUUCGAAUUGGUGCUUUGUUAACAAAAAUGUUUGAGUCAAAUGAGGAGCUUAAAAAUAUACAAUAUGUUAAAGUAGAAUAUCCAAUAGGUGAAUGGUUUGGAUGUUUUGGCAAAUAU